AUGGUGAAUCAUGGCGUGCCGGAGGACUUGAUUGCUUCAAUGUAUACAACACUGAGGGAAUUUUAUGCCUUGCCAGACGACAAGAAGAAGCAGUACCACGCGAAAAGCACUUCGUCUCCAAUCGCCUGCGGGAAUUUCAACGUGAAGAGUACUUCCAAACAGACCUUCACUCUGUGGAGGGAUUACCUCAGGCUAUACGUGCACCCCGAUUUUCACUGCCCCACCAAACCUGAACCAUUAAGGGAUAUUCUGAUGGAAUACACGGAUAGAACUCGGAAAAUUGUCCGGGAACUAUUGGGAGCUGUUGCAGAAUCGAUGGAGCUCGACCGUGGCUACGUGGAGGAAGCUUUGGAGCUGAAAUCGAGUUUUCAAAAAUUUGGGGGGAGUUUAUACCCACCAUGCCCCGAGCCCGAAAAAACCCUAGGGCUGCCAGCACAUAACGAUCCGGGUCUCUUCACUAUAUUGAUCGUCCGCGACGGGCUACCCGGCUUGCAGAUCGGUCGCCAAGGCCAAUGGAUUGAAGUGAAUCCUCCUCCCAAUUCUAUGAUUGUAAAUGUUGGAGAUCAGCUUGAGAUAUUUAGCAACGGAAGAUUGAAGAGCUCUUGGCAUAGAGUGGUGGUAAACAAGGAAAGAGAGAGAAUGUCGGUUGCGGUGGGGCAUGGUCCGGGCAAAGACGUGAUGGUGGGGCCAGCCGGCCCUCUAGUAGAGCGGGAUGGACGUGCCUUCUAUCGUUCUAUGAAGUAUCAACAAUAUGUCGAGUCUCAGCUCACCCGUGCUUACAAUGGCAUGUCCUAA